AUGCCUUUUGGCUUAACUAAUGCACCUAACACUUUCAUGAGAUUAAUGAACCAUGUCCUUAGGGAUUGCAUUGGGAAAUUUGUGGUUGUGUACUUUGAUGACAUCCUUGUGUAUAACAAGAGUCUUCAUGAGCAUAUAGGAUAUUUGAAGGUUAUUCUCUCCACUUUAAGAGAUAAUCACCCUUUUGAAAACAAAGAGAAGUGCACAUUUUUUGAAUAUAGUGUUAUCUUUUUAGGUUUCAUAGUGAACAAGCAUGGUGUGCAUGUUGAUCCCACCAAAUUCCAAGCCAUUCAAGAUUGGCCAACUCUCCAAAAUGUAGAAGUUAAGAGUUUUCAUGGUAUAACAUCCUUUUAUAGGAGAUUUGUCUUUAACUUCUCAAGUAUAACUUCACCUCUCAAUGAGUUGGUGAAAAAGGAUGUAAAAUUUGAAUGGGGAAAGAGACAAGAGUUGGUUUUUAAGCAACUCAAAGAUAAGCUUACCAAUGCACCCAUUCUAGUUCUCCAAAACUUUACAAUGACUUUUGAGAUAGAAUGUGAUGCUGGUGGGGUAGGAUAUGAGGAGUUUUGUUACAAGCGAGACACCCCAUUGCUUAUUUCAGUGAAAAACUCAAUGGUGCCACUCUUAACUACCCUACCUAUGAUAAAGAGUUGUAUGCUCUAG